CGGGUAAGUCAGCGGCCAGCGCCGCGCUUCCCCCCGCUGCUGCUGCCCCCAUUCAUUUCCCCGCAGCGGCGGCCGGCCGCCGGGGAGAGCCUCUGCCCCGGCCCCCGGGAGAGAAGGGGGGACGGGCAGACGGAGCCUGGCGGACAGACGGACAGACAGAGCCGGGGGGACCCCGAGUCGGGGGAAGGAGGCGGCUGCUCUGCGGCUCCUGCUCAGGGUGGCCUUGGUGAGUUUGGAAGAAGCUGCGCCUUGUCUUCAGGAAGUUGGAUGUGACUCAAGGCCUGUGGAAGGGAUUACAGAAGUGAUUAAAGUGGAUUAAGGGACGAAUGGAUGACUGAAUAUUCAUAUGAAGAGGAAAGCCAUAAAAGACAUCAACGCCUUUGAAAACAGAAUGUUAAUGCUUGAUGGGAUGCCGGCAGUCAGAGUUAAAACAGAGCUGCUGGAAUCUGAGCAAGGGUCUCCAAACGUCCACAACUACCCAGAUAUGGAAGCUGUACCCUUGUUACUAAACAACAUGAAGGCAGAUCCCCCAGAGGAUUCAUUAUCUACAGACCAUUUCCAAACACAGACUGAACCAGUGGACUUAUCAAUAAACAAAGCCAGAUCGUCCCCUACAGCAGCCUCGUCUUCACCAGUUUCCAUGACAGCAUCAGCCUCCUCCCCUUCUUCUACUUCUACUUCUUCUUCUUCUUCUAGUCGACCAGCUUCAUCGCCCACGGUAAUAACGUCGGUAUCUUCAGCAGCAUCUGUCCCAUCAGUAUUAACUCCAGGUCCUCUUGUGGCCUCUGCAUCUGGUGUUGGAGGCCAGCAGUUUUUGCACAUUAUCCAUCCAGUUCCACCUUCAAGCCCCAUGAACUUGCAGUCCAACAAAAUGAGUCAUGUGCACCGUAUACCCGUGGUGGUACAGUCAGUACCUGUUGUCUAUACAGCUGUGAGAUCACCUGGGAAUAUGAACAACACUAUAGUAGUACCACUGUUGGAGGAUGGGAGAAGCCAUGUCAAAGCACAAAUGGACCCCCGAGGCCUAUCUCCCAGACAAAUUAAAAGUGACAGUGAUGAUGACGACCUGCCAAAUGUGACCUUAGAUAGCGUUAAUGAAACUGGAUCUACAGCGCUCUCCAUAGCCAGAGCAGUACAAGAAGAGAGCAUGUGGGGCUGUGCCAGGUCAGCUGCUAACCCUUUUCGUUUUUUCAACUCCAGGAGAUGGAAAGACGCGACCUCCCCAGCAGGAGCAGGAGCAAGUUCAAUUUCACCAUUCAGUAUUGAGAGCACAAGGCGUCAGAGAAGGUCUGAGUCUCCAGACUCCAGGAAGCGGCGCAUCCAUCGGUGUGACUUCGAGGGAUGCAACAAAGUGUACACAAAAAGUUCCCACCUGAAGGCUCACCGGAGGACGCACACAGGAGAAAAACCCUACAAAUGUACCUGGGAAGGCUGCACCUGGAAGUUUGCUCGCUCCGACGAACUGACGAGGCAUUACCGCAAGCACACGGGAGUGAAGCCAUUCAAGUGUGCAGACUGUGACCGCAGCUUUUCCCGCUCAGAUCACUUGGCGCUCCACCGCCGCAGGCACAUGCUGGUUUGAGAAACGCUACCUGUUCCAGCCGAGCUUAAGAGCUGGGUCUCUUAACUACCCGGAGUGAAUUCAGCAGGGCUGAAUCCCCUUCUACAGUGUUAACAGGCAGGGCUGUCCCUGCUGUCUGUAACAAAAAAAAAUAAUAACAAAAAAAAAAGCAGGAAAAGAAGUGCCACUCUUCUCCUCGCCAUCUGAAGUUAACCCCAUCUGCCCCUCAGCAUGGUUACACCCCAAAAGUGUCAUCACAAUCACCUGGGAAAUAGCAGCCGAAAUGCUACAGGAAUGGGCAUUAUUUUACAUGCUGCGUCCUUUGAAAAAAAUGUUUAUAGCUUGUAUGUUUUCUCAGCUGUCGGACAUUUUAUUCCUGAAAAAUCACUGCUGAUUGGAGGAUCAGAUGCCACAAAUCAAUGAUGAUGAUGAGAGCAAGACUGAUAGACCUUUAUUAUCCCAUCUUUUCCGCUUGUUUUGAAUACCACCUGGCCAGUGUCAGUCUCACGCCCAAGCUGUGCUACAGACAAGCUGCGUGGGAGUAGGCGAGAAGAUCCUGCUGGAGAGGUCCCACCUUCGGAGCCGAAGGGUUGCUGGAGCAGACUUUUGCAAUAACAAUGGUGGCAUUUUAAUGUUGUACCACAAGUUGUCAUUAUGCCAUUGAGGACACCAGCCAUUUAACCUUUUUCUUUUAUCCUUUUUUUUCCUUUCUUUUUCUUUUGUUGUUGUUGUUGAAGUCUGUAAAAUAAAAAAGGGGCAGCAGUAUUUCUGCUGAAAGUACAAUAUUAAGUAUCUGUAUUUUACCAUGGACUUAUUUAGAACCAUUUCCUGAUUUGUAUAGAAAAAGCCGAUCUGAAAACUACUACCCCGUUCUCAAAGUGCAGUUUUCUUUCAUGCAGGUAUCCUCUUCCCCGUGACCAGUGUUUGAAUGCAAAGAAGUAGUCAGAUCUUAUGCUCGCUGGUACCAAGGUUAGGGGUGUAGGCAUCUGUGGAAUGGAAUUGAAUGUACCCACAAAACAGAAGAAAGGGCUGCGUCUCUUGCAGAGAAAAAGCAAUAAUGAGUAAAAUGGUUCUCAAAACAAUAAUUCACUCCACACCAACAGAAGGCAGGGAUGCAGAAUAGCAUGUAAGACCAUUUAAGUCAAUCUUUCUGAUGGUUUCACUGACCUGCUAGGUACCACAAUUAAGUACAUUCAUUUCCUUCAACGUAAAACUUAUUUGUGUCUGGAAAGCAAGACAGAUAAAGGAAAGAUCUGAGCGUUGAGGAGUCAGUGGAUGAACUGUAAGUAGGAAGGAGAGAUGGUUCUGGAUUGGUGCUCUGCAAGACAUUAUGUUUCUCCCUGGGAAUUAGGGAAUAACAAGAUUUUGCCAGCUGUCUGUUAUGAUACAAAUGGCCCUUUAUAUGGGUAGCAGUGGCUGCCUCUGCUGGGAUUUUCAAUCCAAGACUUUUCAGAUUAAAUAAAAGGAAAUUCUUGAUCAUUCCCAUACAGCCCUAUAAUUGUGAAUCAAUUUAUAUUAAUUACAUUAUGGAGGAAAGAGAGAAACUCUUAGUCAUCAGUUGUUCGUGAAAACAGAAUAGUGUUUUUCUGUUUUCCUUCCUCACAAGGAUCUGCCUAUUCAGCUAAAUGCGACAAAGAAGGGGCUUGGCAAGAUUUUUAAGUGUUGAGACUUUUAUAGCUUAGAGAUAAAAGAUGUAUACAUAAAGGUCUUUUGCAGUGCAUUUAAUUAUGAAUAUUUGGUUCCAGGAAUUGCACAGAUUAAACUUGUGAUGGCACUUGUUCAUUUUUAAAUGUUUGAUCAGUCUGAAUUCAUUUCUGAUUCCUGAAGUAAUGGUUGUAAUGUUGGUGGGGGUUCGGAAAUCAAGAUAAUCUUUAAGAAAAAGCAGCACAGAGUAUCCACACAAAUACUGAAAGCAAUUGCAGUUAAUUGAGGAUUAAUAAGACUGGGAUAAUACUUUCUAACAGCGUUUAGAGGCUCUAGAGUAUGAUUGUCUUUAAAUACAGUGUAAACGUUCCCCGAUAAUGGAUAAUUUAUCAGCUCCCUUAAAGAACUUCAGUACUGUUAAAAUUCAGUUUCCCCUCUUCUGACUGGUCAACAUAGAAACCCAGGACAAAUUAUCAGCAGCCAUAGCAGGAAAAAUGCCUCUCCCAUUUCCCACUGACCACGCUGGUAAUCAUCUUCCACAAAAUUUGGCAGUGUUUAGUACCCAGCUCAGAGUUAGUAUUCAAGCAGCAACACCGAGUGUCGAUGCAGUUUAAAAAAGGCUGAAACGAACAGGGGCUUUUUGAUAGCCCAUAACGCAUCGUGGAGCAACAGAACUGGGUUUUUACCAACAGCGUUACUUACUUAAAAAACGGAUUGUCAGUGUUGUGCCUGAGGAGGUUCAUGGACUGCAUUCAAGGUCUACUUUUAUGUGUUUCAGUGUCAUUCCCUUUAAAUGAAUCACUCGUUCUCAAUGUUUUGGGAAAGAAUUCAGGUCAGGUACAAGUCAAUUUAUAUAAUUAUUUUCUUGCCUGAGAACAUUUUAACUACCAAUAACUUGAAUAGCAGCAGAAUCUGUGAUUUUCCCCCCAUAGAAAAUGAAAUUUAUUGGACAAGAAACUAUUAAGGCUGUUCUGUUAGCAUUCAAGAGAAGCAGUGAGAGGCAUCAUCUCUGAUGUUGUUCACAAGGGCUGAAUGUAACUGGGAGGGACCAAUGUCUUCUUCACGCUUCCUCUGUAGUCAAUGGUGAGAAAAGAGCAAUUGAGAGGCCCUAAAUUUCAGUGUGCAGCUUUGAACUGCCCUGUGCUGACUGCACAGAGAAACCCGAGGAGGUUUGUUUCCCAAGGCAGAAGUUGCUCUUUGUGAACCCCUUGUCUUUCAGCCGGUUCUCUGUUACUUUAUACAUGUGAAACACAACAACAGAAAGAGGGUCUGGUUUUAUUCAAGGAACCCCAAAGUGACAAGGGGGCAAAGCAGAGCUCACGUUGAGGGUCACAGGCUCAGGGCAUGCUGAUGGGAACAGAAUGAAGCUAAAAGAUAGAGCAGUGCACCCUAAAUUUCCUUAAUUAACAGGCAAAAAUGGAUACUUGGCCUUCCUAGCAGACGUGUACGAGCUUUUUAUGCUGCCCUACAACCCUACCUCUAGACACCUUGGCCAACCAGCAGCAGUCUACCACUGGGUUUCGAGUAGCCAGUAUGAUCCUUGGCAAGUCUCUCUUUUGUACCAGAGCCCUCAGGCUUUGGCCCGAGGUAUUUUUUGAGGAUAUUCUCAGUUUUGGUUUUCCCCUUCAGAAGUAUUUUAAGAGAAAUUACUUCAUGGGAGGAGGGUAUUCGGACGUGGAGCUGACGUCUCCCAGCUUCUCAGGGUGUUCUUCCACCAGUGGCUGUGGUCCAGGCCCGCCAAAUUUUGGUGCUUGUGCAGAGGUUGAGGGUGGUUACUCCAUGGCAUUUUCCUCAAAAAUCCUGGUGUCCCACUGCCACGCUGCGACAUUGCAUAACUGUGGUGAAGGCUUACAUCAUGCGUGGCAUGCAGAAAUACCAGAUCUCCUCUUGGCAGCACACAGUAGGUCCAUCUGAAUUGAGCAGUUGGGAAAUACAAAUAUAUACGGUGUCCCCGUUCUUUCAGAAAGAGAUUUAUGCUUUUCGGUGUGAGUAAAGGACAGGUAAUACCCACUGUGGCCAUUACAGCUCAGCCCACAUGGGAAACUGCCACGAAGUGUCAGAUUUCAGGUAUUUUCAAAAGGAUCCAGUGGAUUUGUCAGGAAAUCUCAGUAGCCAGCAUUAUAUGAAAACAUAACAAGCAAGCAGCUUUGAUACAGAACUUUUUAAAUUUUAAAUUGUCAUUAUUUUUUGAGCACCUGUUUUAUUCAGCACUGUAAAAUUGGCUCAUUGCAACAGCAAUUUAUACUGGGGAUGAAGAUGCAGUAUUCCUUAUUCUCUAUCAUGCUUACACAAUUAAUGAAAUAGGUUUAGACUGACUUGUAUAUAUGAUUAUUUGCUGGAGUAAUGUCUAACAAAAUUAACAGUGUUAAAAAUGACAUCAGUGAUGUUGAUGUUUGGGGUAAACUCACAGUGCAGAGCAUGGACAAAUAGCUGGACAUCCUUUCUCCCCUUUAAUAAUGGGAAUAGCAGUGAUCAUAAGUCUUGUUUUCCAUUAGCCACAUUGAAAAUGUAUUCUAGUUGCCAUUUAUAAAUUUAUCUUCUGAUAAUAAAUGCUGUUUAAUGGAAAAAAUCUCUUUCUCCUUUAUUGAAGGUGGGUGCCUCAAACCAGAGUAGGUUUCACCAUUAAUACCUUGCUUAUUUUUUUAGUUUGAACUUUGGUUUGGAAAGGUCAGUGUGAGAAACUGCAUCUUCCAGAGCAGACGUGCCUAAAGAUGGUUCAGGAAGUCUGCCCUCCUCCUACAUGCUCACCCGUACGCCCAUGCGUGUAAGUGCCGGCACUUCCACAUGCCUCCUCCCAUGUGCGGAUACAUAAACAAGCAAGUUUAUAAAAACAAAGCAAGAUGAAGAAUUGGAAAUAAAUACUGUAAAAGGAAAUACUACCUUCUUAAGAAACCAGCUUGUAUUACUGUAUUAUGCCUUUGCCUGUGAUUUAUAACUGAAGAAGCACACAAAGAAAUUUAAAGAUGAUUGUUAUAUUUUCACAGUUUCAUGGUAGCAUUACGGUUGCUGUGUAAUAUGCUUAUCAAAAUCAUGCCUGUUGGUCAUUUAAAAAUGCUUCAGUUCUGAUCAAUUGCAGCAGUAAAUCAGUUUUUAGUAAAAAAAAAAAAAAUUAAAAAAAAAAAAUAACUAUAAGGAUACUGCAUCUUUAGAAAUUGAAAUACAUUGAAAGUAUUUUACUAUACUUGUAACAGUUUAAUUAUUCUGUAAUAUAUGUGAUACUGGAAAAGUAUUUUCAAACUCAAUUUUUCAUGGGGUGUAAAUAGGUUAAAUGAAGUACAUUUAAAAAAAAAAAAAAAAAAAAAAAACUGGUUUUCAUCAAAAAAUGGUUAAAUAAUGCCCUGCAAAGCUUAAACAGAAAAUGUUAAGUAGAUUAUUCCAUUUUGGGGAGCGUGUUUUCUCUGCAAGACAGAAUGGACACUUCUUUGCUGUUUUGCAGAUGGCAUGUGAUAUAGUGAAGUCAUAUUGUGUCCUUCAAUGUCAAAUAAGUCAACACUCAGAAUGUCUUUGACUGAAUAAAGGAAAAAAAAAAAACACUUAAAAUGAAAAUCAUAUGAAAAGGGUUGUUUGUUUUUUUUUUUUUUUCUUUCUUUCUGGCAAUUUACAGUGAAUGGCAGAUACAGUAACAGCAAACUCUCGUUUGAUUUUAUUUGUUCUUGUAUUUCCCUGACAACAAUGCAUCUCGAAUAAAGGUUGCAGAGCUGAAAUAAGCAGCUGCUCUUUGCCAAUUCCAGGGGAGUUCAAUCUUCUAGGUGCAGCAGCAUGUCAACAAAACCACUGGUAGCAGGACAGCUGUGACAUUUAAAAUGCACAUACACUUCAGCAAGGUAGCCUAAAAUCUAUUUUAAAAGAUGAAACAGAAACUGAAAGUGCCUGUUAUUAGAACUGAUGGGAUGUUCCUAUACUUUUACACAGCAAUAACUUAUGGGAUUCUGUCAACAAUAAGAUGAAAAUAAAAUUGUACUCUGAGAACAAUAAUGCAGCACAGAAGCAAACACAAAGUGCCAUUUGUAUUUUCACAUGUUGAGAUAUUUUGUUAGAAGUUUUAGUUAUUUUCUCAAAUAACGUCUGUCAUAUACUUGUGAGAUGAGAAUGGGUCUUAGUUUACAAAUUACUCAUAUCCAUAUGGAUUCUAAGUAGGUAUAAAUGGAGUUGAUUGUGUUUUAUGGCAUUUCUUCCUAAUUUAUGUCUGAUAUGCCCAUAUAUCCAGGGUAUUCUGUAGUAAAAUAUUCCAAAAACCAGCAAUAAGCCCAAUGGAGCUUUUUUAGGGUACACACUAGAACAGGGAUUCUCCUGAAAAAUCCUCUGCAUUGGACUCUGGAGCUGAGUUCGUCUCAUGUCUCCUUUCUCUUCUUUGUGUAACACUGGUAUUUAAUACCAUCUUUGAACUGGUUGACUCCAAGAGAGGACAAAAUAUAUCACUUUAUAUAUUAUUAUUAUUUUAGGAACAAAGGAAUGAAAAAAGUGGGGACUAUUAGUCUAGAAACUAGCUGAAUAACAAACAAGAAGAUGAUAUAACUGGAGUGGAGAAGGUUUAGUUUUUAAUAUUAAGUGGCCUAAGCGAUUGCAUCAGUAGACUGAUCUCACUAGAAAAUGGCCAGAUCUGUCUCUUCCUUUCCUUGUUUCUCAUUUAUUAUUUUUAUUAAUCUAGUAGGUUUCUGUAAAAAAAAAUAAUAAAUUACUGAUGCUAAUGGAGUCUUAAAAUAGUGGUGUAAUGCCAUCCCUCAUGCUUCUCCUGUUCCUAAAAACGAAUUUAUUGGAGAUCAAAAUGUAACUGGUUGUCCUAAUGCCUUUGCCAAGAACAAUUGCUUUCUGUUCUCUAGAUUUGUACCCACCAUUUAUCUGUGCAGAAUUUUGUACUCGUGCAGUUCUACAUUUUGCCCAGAUUUUGCUACCCUCAGUGGGUUUCUGUUUGAGUGGGAGAAUGGGUUUUUGUUUUUAUUCACCAAGGCAGGAUUGCAUGUGCGCAAAGAUGCUCACGUAUGGAAGACAGCGGAGGUACAAAAUAAAAGCAUGUGGCCGUGCGUGUAAAAACUAGACACUGAUGCAUGCCAGUUAGUCAUGUGAGAAGACCACUAGUUUAGUAACAACUUAUUUUUAAAUCUGUUAGACAUCAGUGGAAAUAAUCCCAUCAGAACAUGCAUAUACUUAUUCUGUCAUCCUGAACUUAAUCUCCAAAUAUUAAGCACAUAAAAGAGCUCAAUUCACACUGGGGAUUUGAGGAGAGCACCAGGGAGUGUGUCAUCAGAAGGACAAAGGAAAUGUGAGUUUCUUAUACCUGAGCUGUUUGUUGGAGAGGAGGGCUUGGUCCUUUGUUCUGAAGCUGCAGUGCUCUGAGGAGACACCCCUAGAAAUGCAUGGUGGUGGGAGUUUGGCUGACUCCACCACUAGGUGUGUGAGUUCUUGCGUAGGAAAGGGCAUCUGGUCUUCACCAUCGUGAGACGAGCCAGGCUUUUGGGGUUUCCUUCUGAAAAAAUUAAUACAGAGGGGUUUUGUUGUUGUUGUUGUUCGGGGGUUGAUUUUGUUUGGUUGUUUUGUUUUGUUGAUUUGCCAGCAUACCUCUAUAGCAGCUUGUGCUUACUGACUUUAAAUUAUGAAAUAAACUGAGUUGUCUUUGGAGUGAUUUGUAGAUUAUUCAGUAAACAAUCAUUCAGUCCUCCAGACAAGCAAAACUGUGAAUGCGAAUUUUAGCUAUUAUGAAAAUAAGAACAGCAAAAGUUAUUUGGGGUCCUCUCGUCCAUAUGUGUGACCUGCAAUGUUUCCCCCGGCUCAUUCUCAGAAAUGUCAGUGAGCCAAGGUGCUGUCAGUUAGAAAACACGCGUGGUGGUCCAUUGACUUGUUAAGCCUUGCUUCAUGCUGCUAGCUCUGCAUUUGGAAAACAAGAGUUCGGUGUCUGGUAGGAGACACACUCAAAUAGGUAAAAGCUUCGAUGAACUGCCAUAAGCAUGAACCAUGAAGCACAGAUAUGGGUUCAGAUGCUGCUUUUCUCCCUGUUCUUGCCUUUCUACAUGUGAAGAGUUUCUUUGGAAAUAUAGUUUGAGCCACAAUCUUCACAAACAAACAAACAAACCAAAUUAUUUCAAAAUUCAGAAUUUAUGUUCUCAUUUCUGGCUUCAAACUAUUUUUCAAUGCUAUAUUUGCAUCUUGUUUUUCAUUAAAUAAGAAAAAAAAGAAAAAAGAAAACCACCAUAGUAUAUUUUUCCCUAUUGUCCUAUACAUUGCUUCCUUGGUGAUGUAAUUUCUCCACUGAACACCUACACAGUAUGCUCUCUUGACCUGCUCUGUCCCCAAGAAGUUAUAUAUCCCAUGUGCACUUACAGCAGAAUAUACACGGAGAUAGUAAUGAAUUACUUAAGUUUCAUGCACCACCAGCCUUAAAACCUUCAACCCACACACACAGACACACACAUUCAUACACUUCAAGUGAACGAGAGAUUUAGACACUGCUAUCAACAUGUGGGGUCAAAAAUACCAUUAAUUUGGAAAGUUUCUUUCAGCUGCGUUUAGGAAGAAACAACAGAAUAAUGAAAAAUACCAUUCUUGGCCAAGUCACUUAUGGAUGAAGCAAAUUCCCCUAUGGCAUUAGUUGAAUGAAAUCCUAAGGAUGGGGCUGCGUUUGGCCUCCAACUGUUCCUUCUAAUCAGGUCGUUAUAGCUGUAUGUACCAAUGAGUGUUCAUUUGAUCCUCCUGUGUAAAAAUACAAAAACAUCCCGUAGUUUAUAAAGUGACUGAUUUGGGACCGAAGCUUCACAACAAUGGAAUUAGUAUGCAUGGCACCUCAUUCUUUUUCCUACGAUAAGAUGCAAAAGGGAGGGUCGUUAUCAGUAACCCCAUAGAGAUAAUAGUGUCGAUAGAAGCCCUGUACUUCAAAGGAAUAAAAAUACCAGUGCUAGCAAGCAAGCAGUAGUUUCUCAUCUUUUCUUUUGCCUUUUCAAAAGAUUUUCCAUGCAAAAAUUACUUUUCUUCAACAAUAAUAAAAGUAAUCAUCUGAAGAUCUAAUUUCCCGAUAGUUUCCUCUGCAUUUAUAUGCUAUGUAGUGUUUAGGCAACACCUAUGUUAUAAGUUUAUUAAUAUUAUGUAAGUGUUGUUCUUGUAUUUAUGUAUAGUGUAUGUAUUGUAAAUAUACUCAGAGCUUUUUUUCCUCUUACUGUAAAAUGGUGAUUUUUUUUGCCCUAUGAUAAUGUAAAGGGAAUCCCCUAAUGAAAUUCUGUCAGAGGAUGAUUAUUCCAGUCUAUUCUCAAAGAUUUAAAUGAACAAGUGUUAUCGUUUUUAAUGGUGUCUCAGACAUAUUUUGUUGGUGCAUUGCUUUUCUGUAUUCAACUUUCCUAUGAAUUGAGCUGUGAAUUGAAAUAGAGUUUAAACCUUUAAAUGUAUGCAUUUGUAUAAUUAUCUGAAUGGAGGCAUGAAGGUUAAAUAAAGCAUUUUGUAU